AGUGGAUUCUAACCUACAAAUUCAAUCUGUCAGAAACGUCAAAAAUUUGUUAUGAUAUUGAAUAAUACUAAUUAAAAAUAUGUUUAUUUGAAAAUAUUCCAUAAUCUACAGUUAUUUAUUGUUAUUAAUAUAGAAAGUUGUUAUUGUAUAGUAUUUUAUUGAAUUGUUACUGAUUAUUCAUGUUUUAUUAUAAACGCUAAAGAGGGGAAAUAUUGGGAAAAUGUACGAUUUACAAAAACUUGAGGAGGAAGCGAGGGCAACGGCGACAAAGCAAGUGGUUAAUAUGCUUCAAAGACCUGAUCAAUUGGAAAAAGUUGAACAAUAUAAACGAAGAAUUAAUCGAAAGAAGGCCUCUGUUGAGACAAUGUUAAAAACGGCAAUGCAAAGUCAACUCGAUGGUGUUCGCGUUGGUUUCGAUCAAUUACAAAGUUCAUUGCAAAGUGUUUACGCAAUAAAACAAGAAUUAUUAACAAUUGGCGAAUCAUUUGGCACUGCACCUGAAUUACAUGCAAAAUUACAGGCCGUUCAAGACGAAAGUAUGCGACAUUCACAAUAUGUCACUGCAAAAGAAAAUUUAAAACACAUUUUCACCGUUCCUGAGAGUGUUGAAAAAACUAAACAAUGGAUCAAUGAGGGGAAACUUCUUCACGCACAUCAAUGUUUAAUGGAUCUUGAAAAUUCAAGGGAUGAUUUGCUCUAUGAACUGCACAAACUUCCAAAUCAAUCGAUGCCUGACACGGUAAUGUUGAAGGCCUAUUUCGAGGACGUGGAGAAACUCUCGCAAUUAAUGGAGAAACAAAUACGUUUAGUUUUGAGUCGAACAUUAAAUACAGUGAGAAAAGAACCAACGGUAAUUGUCACAGCCCUUAGAAUUGUUGAACGCGAGGAAAAAGCUGAUCAUUUUGCCGUACAACGUCAUCGACAAUCGGGUUUCAUGCCACCGGGACGUCCGAAAAAAUGGAAGGAAAUGGCAAUUGCAACAUUGGAAAAAUCAGUGGCAAAUCGAAUUGAAGGAACGCAAGUCGAUGAGCGAGCUGACAAUAAAAUGUGGCUUGUUCGUUAUUUGGAAUUAACACGUCUUCUAAUUCUCGAGGAUCUUCGUGUUGUUAAAACUCUAUGUGGACCUUGCUUUCCACCCUCCUACGAUAUUGUCAAUAAAUUUGUGAAAAUGUAUCACACAAGUUUAUCGCAACACUUGAUGGAUAUUAUUGCCAGCGGUCUCGAGGGCAAUGAAUACGUUUCAGUGCUCGCUUGGAUAAUGAAUACCUACACUGGUGCGGAUUUAAUGAAACAUUCUGAAUUGAAUAUCGAUACGAGUGAAAUUGGUCCGUUGUUGAAUAAGGAGAUGGUGGACGAUUUGCAAGAGAAAUAUUUGCGUAAUAUGUAUCAGAAUUAUGAAGAGUGGAUGAAGAAGACAUUGGAAACGGAAAAAGUUGAUUGGUGGAGUGGAAUAUUACCUGAUAGUAGUACACAGGAUACUUACUAUCAUACUGCAGCACCUGUUAUUAUUUUUCAAAUGAUCGAUCAAAAUUUACAGGUGACAAAAACGAUCAGUCAGGAUUUAACUUCAAAGGCUCUCCAAUUGUGCAUUGAACAAGUGACAAAAUAUGCGGAUAUUUAUUCAAAGGCAAUAACUGAAUUUAAAUUGAGACAUUUCGAUGAUCGUAGUCGUGUUCCAUAUUUUACUCAUCACAUGAUUACCGUAGUGAAUAAUUGUUUGCAAUUCAUUGAACUCGCACAACAAAUGAAACAACUUUAUUGGCUGCCAAAUGCAAGUGGUGAAAUUGCGCGCAAAUUUGAGACACUAUUGGAUAAUUAUCAAAGAAUUCGAAAUGAUGCAGCGGCAAUUUUACUCGAGGAAUCAUUUCUCGAUUUGGAAUUACAUUUUCACGAUCUACUCACACCAAAAUGGCUCUCGUCGCCAAUACCCGUUGAAACAAUUUGCGUUACUCUCGAGGAUUAUUUUCAGGACUACAAUCAUUUGCGACCGAAGAAUUUCGAUUAUGUGAUAACCGAGGCACAGAAAUUAAUAGCAAAACGUUAUAUUUCGGCAAUGUUACAAAGGAAAAUAUCGUUGAAAAAUUAUGACGAAUGUUUAAAUUGCACAUCGAAAAUAAUGGCCGAGGCGGAUAAAUUAAAGAAUUUCUUCUCGCGAAUUGCGCCGAAAGUUGGUAAUUUUGAUUCGCCGUUUGAAAUAAUAAAACGUUUAGCCGAAGUAUUGCGUUGCGAGGAUUCGGAAAUAUUGUCACUCGAUCUUCAUUCAUUGGUGGAAAAAUAUCCCGAUAUGAGUGAAGAUCAAUUGGUGAGAUUAUUAAGUUUGAGGGGCGAUAUACCAAAAGGUGAGGCGAGAGAAAAAGUUUCUUACAUUUUAGAAGCAUUACGCAAUCGAAGAAUGUUACAAUCAAAUCCCGAUAGUAUUUUUAAGCAAAUUAUCAUUCAGGACAGUUUUCUCAGUUGGAAAACAUAAAAAUAGAAACUUAUAUUUAUAUUAAAAAAUAUUUUAUUUUUAGGUAAUAAAUUAUUUUUAUCAA